AUGUCCACAUUCAUGCUCACUGGCUUGUAUCAGGGAGUGAGGCUGAAUGCUGGGCAGCUGACGGUUCCAAUUUCAAAUUUGGAGGGCUGGAGGCGACGCUCUGCAGCGCGUUCCCAGGUGGCCAGCAAGAGCAUAGAGGUGGCAGUAUCAAAAACUUUGGGCAUCUGCAAGCAUUUUUCCGAUCGCUUUAGUGAGAAAGUUUUGCACUCCCUUGGCUGCCGCCUUCCACCGGCAGUCCUGGCGGCUGCAGUGGUUUGCUUUGAUUUACCUAGGCUGUUGGACCCAGACAGAAAGUUGCCGCAAGUCCCGAUGAAAGAGUUGCGGGUGCUCAGCACCUGGGCGCAUUUGCGCUUGAGCCGCAUCUUAGAAUUUCCUGCCUUCGAGGAUCUCGUCCAGCAGUACCAAGAUUUGCUUUCGCAUUGGCGUGACAAGGUUGUGGCCACUUGGGACCUUUUUUGGACUUUGCGUUGUGCCACAACGAAGUUUCCAAAUGGAGGCAAGGCAGUGGUGCCCGCUUCCUGGCUUGCCAUCAGCAGAAGAGCGGUUCCAACUCCUUUGACACUUGGAAGUUCAUCCGUGAUGCGUUGUUUUAUCCAACUCGUAGCAUGA